UUGGGUUGCUUCAAUUCAUUAUAUCUUGCGAAAGAUUGGGUAUUUGCAGUUGCUCUCUUGCUUACACCACCUGCAAUUCUUGCUUCAUCUUCUCUAAGAGGGCUUGUCGUUGUGAGGAAUGGGAAUAAAAAUUCUAAUUCUUGCAUUUUUAAUGUGGGAUGUGGCAUACGCAUCUGGCUUCAAUGUGUCUGCUGAUGGAACAGUGAGGGUUGGAUUAAAGAGGCGAACUUUGGACCUAAACAGUUUAAAGGAUGCGAGAUUCUACAAUAGUAAUCAGUUGGAUGGUAACAUUAAUUCGGGUUCUCUUAAUGAACAAUUUGUAUAUUUGAAAGACUAUUUGGAUGUUCAAUACUAUGGGGAGAUUGGCAUUGGCACACCCCCACAACGCUUCAGUGUUGUCUUCGAUACUGGAAGUUCCAAUCUUUGGGUCCCUUCUUCAAAAUGCUUUUUUUCCAUUUCAUGUCAUCUACAUUCUAGAUACAGAUCAAGACUAUCGAGAACAUACACCAAAAUCGGUAGAAAAUCUUGCAAAAUUCCUUAUGGCUCUGGGUCGUUAUCUGGGUUCUUUAGCCAAGACCAUGUCAGGAUUGGAGAUGCAGUUAUUGAAGACCAGGUUUUCACCGAGAUGACAUGGGAAGGACUUUUCUCAUUCUUGCUUGCACGUUAUGAUGGGAUACUAGGACUUGGAUUUCAGGACAUUGCUAUAGGCGGAGUAACAUCAGUCUGGUAUAAUAUGCUGCUUCAGGAAACUGUUGCCCAACCACUGUUCUCGUUCUGGUUGAAUCCGAAUCCAAAGUCAAGCAUUGGGGGCGAAAUUCUGUUUGGAGGUCUUGACUGGACUCACUUCAAGGGGGAGCAUACAUUCGCCCCCGUUGCCAGAAAUGGUUACUGGCAGAUUCAGGUGGGGGAUAUUCUUAUUGGAAACAAGACAACAGGUUUAUGUAAGGAUGGCUGUGCAGCCAUCGUGGAUACAGGGACAUCGUUUCUUGCUGGUCCAACUACGAUUUUGGCUCAAAUUAACCAUGCCAUUGGGGCAGAUGGAAUAGUGAGCUGGGAGUGUAAACACGUUGUCUCAAAGUAUGGAGAUUUAAUAUGGGAACUCAUAAUCUUAGGGUUCCAACCUGAUUCGGUGUGUUACAGAAUCGGGCUUUGCUUCUAUAAUCAGAGUGACGACGGUGUAAGCGGAGGUCCUGAAAUGGUACGCAAAAGUUUAAAGCUGAAGUCUUCUUCAGGAGACGAGAGAGCUUUGUGUACGUUCUGUGAGAUGACGGUUUUCUGGAUCAAAGUUGAGCUCAGGAAACAGAAAACCAAAGACAAAGUAUUCAGUUAUGUUGACGAGCUUUGUGAGAAGCUUCCGAAUCCAAGAGGAAAGUCAUUCAUAAACUGCGACGAUGUCUUUAAACUGCCACAUAUUUCAGUUACCAUAGCCAACAAAACCUUCCCCCUCGCUCCACGUGAGUAUGUGAUCAGGAUUCAAGAAAACCGAACCACUUUAUGUGUUAGCGCAUUCGCGCCUUUGGAUGUGCCCCGUCCUCAAGGCCCUCUCUGGGUUCUGGGAGGGGCAUUCUUGAGAGCAUACCACACUGUGUUCGACUUUGGGAAGAUGCAAAUCGGCUUUGCACAGACUGCAUAGAAUGAACAGAUCAUCGAUGUUUGGCAAUGGAUCGGAGUUUUAAUUAUUAAUGCUUAAGAUGUGCUUGUAUAGGCGUAUAUAGAGUUGCAUUAUAUUGCAACUAUAUUAUAUGACUUGUGGGAAUAAUUGUGCUUAUGAAAGAAUAA